AUGGUCAGAAGUCAUUUUAACAUACAACUGGUUAAAUGGAAAGGCACCUAUAUCGAUAUCUGCGACACAAGUGCCGUGAAGGAGAUCCACAAAACUAAUAGCCGUUUUGCUAAAACUGGUUUCUAUCGCAAGCUAUCCAUAGGAAAUGUGCCCACCACAUUCUCAACAACCGACAGAAGUUUCCACACUCACCACCGGCGUCUUUUGGCAUCGCCUAUUUCUGACUCUUCGCUGACUCGCCUUGAGCCUCUAAUAGCCAGUCGUGUCCGCAUCGCCGUUGAAAAAAUCACAAUGGACCUCAAGGAUCAUGGCGUUAGUGAUGUGUUCAAAUGGUGGCUGUUUAUGGCCACGGACAUCAUUGGAGAACUCACAUUUGGAGACUCAUUUCGAAUGCUUGAGAUUGGCAAAAAAAAUCAAUACAGUCUUGACAUGGAAAGACUGAUUUCACUACAGCCCUUUCGGACAACCUUCCCACUUCUAGUGAAGAUUGCAAGAUACGUCCCCGUACCGAUUAUCAAGGACACGGCAAAAUCAGAGGAUAGACUCAGGACGUAUGCCGUUCAGUCUAUUGAUCGCUACAAAAAUUUAAUCUCUCAAGAUCCAUCCAACCCAAAGCCAACCCUGUUCACAAAACUUUUUGACGCCAAGAGUGGCAUGUCAUAUUCAGAAAUUAUACAGGAGGCCCAGGGGUACAUUAUUGCAGGAAGUGAUACUACAGCUGUCACAUUGACUUAUCUUACGUAUGCCGUGUGUCGAGACAGCCGAGUGCGAGAGAAGCUUGUUGCCGAGUUGGCUGGUAUUCCUGCGCCCAUCACGGACAAAAGCCUCAGAAACCUACCGUACCUCAAUCAAAUCAUCAGCGAGACUUUGCGAUUAUAUACCGCUGUUCCAUUUGGUCUCCCUCGACUGGUGCCACCCGAAGGUGCUCAGUUCAACGGUUAUAAUGUGCCAGGAGGAACUACGGUCUCAACCCAGGCUUAUAGUCUUCAUCGAGACAAGUCUAUCUUCGCGGACCCGGACACGUGA